GCAUUCCAGACCCUUCCUGGCGCCCGACAUGAUCCUUGUCUAUCCUGGUUAUAAACCACCUUCAUCUGCGUCGCCAUCGACAACAACAGCGAACUCACCGCCAUGGCCAUCGAUACCCCCACCAGCCCCAUGAGCCCCCUCUCCUCGUCCACCGAGCUCGACUCGGACGAGGGCGCCAUGUAUCUGAACGGCGCCAGCCACUCCUCAGACCCCGAUGACGAACACUUCACCCUCGAUCUCGACGACUCGAGCGACGAGUCCACCCCGGUUUCCGAAGCCGGCACCGACGCGGCGUCCACCUUCGACAAGGCGUCCAUCGCGGAGCUCGUCGCGCAGUACGGCUCGUCCUCCGCAACCGCCUGGCUCGAGUUCUCGCGCUACAAGAUCUGGCAGGCCCCCGCGCCGAUAGGGGGCUCGUCCUUCCCGCCCGUGCAGGGAUUCAUGCGCCAGGGGCCGUGGAUCUUCGCAUGGGGGAACCCCCUCGUGAGCACGCCCGCCGCGCUGGAGGCGACCGCGCGCGCCUUCGUGCAGUACGCGGCUGGCGCGCGCGUCGUCUGGGCGUGUGUCGACCACGCGAUGGAGGAGGUUCUGGGCGAGAAACUCGGCUGGAGCACGGUGCACUGCAUCUACGAGGACGUCGUCGACCCUCGGCGUGUCAUCGAGGUCGUUGAGGCGCCGGAGAAGAAGACGAAGCGCCUCGUAACCAACGCGAAGGGCAAGGAGGACCGCGAGCACGACGAGAUCGUGCGCGACCUCAAGAAGAACCUGCGCCGCGCGGAGAAGGCGAACAUCUCGAUCGAGGAGGCGCACGGCGAUCUGAAAGCCGCCGACCGCGAAGCUAUCGAGAAAGGCGUCGCGGACUGGAGGAAGCACCGGCAUGGGCUGCAGAUCGCGUCGACGACGCUGCAGCCGUGGUUGGAUCAGGAGCAUCGGCGGUACUGGAUCGCGCGGGACUCGCAGGGGAAGCCGAUUGGCAUCCUGAUCCUCACUCCCGUCCACAACCACCUUCACUCCGACCACAAACAUGACGACUCCAUCCCCCACCCCGAACACCCAGAGCACCCUUCCCAUUCCUCCAAGCACCCCGAACAUGCGCCCUGCGUCGCCUACCAGAUCAAGAACGCCGUCUCCUUCCCCGAUGCGCCGAAGGGGACGUCCGAAAAGCUUAUUUAUUCGAUGCUCUGCGACCUCGAUGCAGAGCAGAACCGGCGAGACAAGGCGGGCGAGAAGCACGACCGCAUCACGGUCACCUUUGGGAUAUCGGCUGCGGAUAAGAUGAGCGCUACGCACCAUCUUGGCGGUUGGAAGGUUACCGCCCUGUCCAAAACCUAUGCGAAGAUCGCAAAGGCAACUGGCCUCAUCAACCGCCUCGAGUUCCGCCGCAAGUUCGAAAGCAUCCACGAACCGAUGUUUGUGUGCUACCCGGAAGACGGCUUCGGACUCGAUGGGGUGAAGGCCCUGCUGAGGGCUCUGAAGAAGUAAAGGACGUCCACGAGGCUUUGGAACACUCAGCGCCUACAUCUCUGAGCGCCUGCGAUAACCUAUACUGUAUACGACUGUGACGACCUUAGAUUCGCGCCUCAACGGCGGUGUACUAUAUCUUUAUAGAGUGUAACAUAUUCUCGUACUGUACUGUAGUCUUUGUUGUAAUGCCAGACUUUUAGUCGGACUACACGUUGAGUGAUCUAGGCG